CCAGAAACAAAACAUAAACCCUAAUUAUUUCCUCUGCACAAUUCGGUUCCCAAAGGAUCUCAAAACAAAAUUAGGAGAUGAUAGGAAAAGGGAGUUUUUCGUUGUUUAAGACGAGGAAGGAAAGGACGAGAUUGAAAUUUCUGGGACUUGGAGGGCUAAAGUGGAAGAGAUUGAAUCUGAAGAUGUCUUUUUUCGAAACUUUGAAAUUCAGAUUCAUGUCUAUCAUCGAAGCAAUGGUUUUGGUCUCUAAGCUUGCUUUCUUCUUUCUUUGCUGCGGUUGCAGAUUCUAACACCUUUAGUUUUUUUUUUUUUUUUUUCCUUGCGAUCAACUCUGUAUUUUUUUAUUAUUAGUUUAAAUGUAAAAUUUGACUUUUAUUCUUUCAAUUCAAUACGAAAAUUUCUUCUUCA